CCUGUAAGCAUUACAGUGUCUCUGUAAGUGUUCCAUGUAAUAAAAAUGCAGGUGUAUGGAACUUUCGGGUAUUAUGAGUGGUAUGAAUACCCGAAACCCGGUUCAGAACCGAACUCGAAAAUUAAAUAGGUUCAACCGGGUUUAAGAUGUGUUAUCAAAUCCGACCCGAAUGCGACAAAAUCCGAAUUUUUAUAAUAACUGAACGGGGCUGUUUUUUGUAAACCCAAAAAAUCAAAAUCCGAUUAGAACCGAUCUGAACUCGAAUGGUCACCCGAUUGGCGAGACCUAUCACCCAUUAAUAACAAUCAUUUAUUAGUAUUAUAUAACUUGGCAUUUUUAAAAGAUUUGAUUAGACCAAGAAUAUACGAACUUCCAAAAUUAUACGAUUAUAUUCCUAAUAAAGUAAAACUAGAGAAGUUAUUUUUUUGCGUUUAAAAAUAAAUAUAUUAGCUUUGGCUAAUUCCAAGCAAUUUAUAUAUUUUGCAUUUUUAAGAUACUACCUAUAAAAAUAAGUAUACAAUUCUAAAAAAAAUCAGUGUGGUUCAUGCUUGAUACAACUUUUACGGAUCGGAUGCGGUUCUUCGGAUACAGAUUUCGACUGAACCUAAUCAAAACUUAACAAAUGCAUAACAAAGUAUUUAUAAAGUUAAAAAUUAUCUAUUUUAAAUAGAAAUCAUUUACGCGGAUAAAAAUCUAGUUAUAUUUGAAUAAACACUUACAACAUUGAAUUAAAAUUAUUGGAUGUAUAUAUACAUAUUUAUGUCUAUUAGUCCACAUAAUUUUUUUAAUUAUUUUAUGAUUACAAAACAGUAGUAGAUAGUUAUCUAAAAAAAAAAAUCUACGUGUCAUAAAAUAUACAUUUUAUAUCACAACAAUUAAAUGCUGUUUUUUGACGUUUUUCAUGCGAAUCAAAAAAACGUAUGAAACUUUUUAUAUUAUACUUCUUUUUGAAAAAUUGUCCCCUUUAGAUAUUGAAUUAGAUUUAAAAAGAAAAAUCAAAGUGUGCGUCUGUUUAAAGAAGAGAGAUGGCGUAUAGAGAAAUCAAGUGACCGCUCUGUUAAAACCCAGACGAAACCUCCGAUCGCCUUCCUAUACAUACACCUAUACACGGCGAUACACAGGGCUUUUAUCAUCCCUCGAUGACUCUAAGCCGUUACUCCGACAACCCCAAACGGAAACUCGACGAUAACGGCGUUGAUAACAAUAUCCUCCACAAGAUGAAGAGGCACGAGGUCGACGCCGAUCACACCUCCCCGUCGCAGCAACCGUUCAAUCCUUGGCGAUCCGAUGAGAAUUCCCCCCAGAAUCGGUAUUUCUCAGACGACUGCUCUUCCUCCUCCUCCUCCUCCACUGAGUCGUCAACUCGCUCCGAGUCAACUCGGUUGCAGCUCUUCGUGAGGAUGGUGUCCGGAGGGAAGACGAUCGUGAUCCAGGCGGAUAAGAGCGACACGGUGGAGAAUCUCCACAAGAGAAUCGAGGUGAAGACCAAGAUUCCGGUGAAUGAGCAGCGUGUAAUCUACAAAGGGAAGCAGCUACAGGACGAGCGCUCCCUGAGCUACUACUCCAUCGCGCAGGACUCGUCUCUCCACCUCGUUGGCCGUAUGCGUAGCACAGAUCAUCCUGUAGCUUGUCGAGUUGUUGAUGACAUCAUGUACAUUGUCUCUUUGAUGCAUAGAGGAGGAGGAGGAGGAGGCGAGAACAACAACCUCCCUCGCGGGAUGUCUAUCAACGAGAAGCUUUCUUCAUUCUUCUCCACGAUUCCUACGGAAGCAGGCGGCGAUGAUGAGAGUUCGUAUAUCGAGUCUACUGAGAAGUAUCUUACAAUAUUCACAAACUCUUCGGUGCCAGCUGCUCUGGUCAUGCUAUAUACUUCUCCCUUAGAGGCUAACAAAUCAUGUGGGGAGAGUUCGAUUAAGCUCUUCUUGAAUAGCUGCUUAGCAUUGCCUGAGGAGCAGCAGGGCUGUUGCUUACCCGUCGUGUUGGAGUUUUGUAGAUUGCUUAGGAGAGUGUGCCCUCACAACAGCCUUUACGGAUCGUGCCGGAACACGCUGGGAUCGUUGCUGGAAACUGUUCAGGAGCUUGUUGAUAAGUCUGGCAUAGAGUUUACUAGUUUACAUUAUAGGUUGUUGACUGUUGGGGAAGAGAUUUUGCCUUGUUUAAGCGAGUUAGCUGAUCUUAUGGAGCAGCAGUUGUAUGAGGAUAACUUAGGGCCUAGUUUGUAUGACGUUCAGAAAUUCUCUUCCUUUUGGAGACCCUUGAGGUAUGCUAUUGAUUUCCAGCUCUCUAGCUUAAUCCCUAUCGCUUUGCCUCUGAGAAGUACUGUUUUGGAAGCCGAGGUGGGGCGGAUUUGUCAGAUAUUUGGGAGGUUGUUGACUACAAUGCAUAUCUGUAUGUUGAGAAUCGAGUCUUCGUUGGGUGGGAGAGCAGUUGCCAACACUGAAGCUGUGGCUUUGAAGUGGGGUCAGUAUCUUAAUAUUCUGAAGAUUGUCAAUUCAAUGUCUGAACUCUAUCAAGGUGGUAAGGAAAAGGUUGUUAGGUUUAUUAACUCCAGGAAGGUUCCGUUCUGCGCUCUCAUUUUGAAGUUUGUGAAGAGAGGGGAUGAUCAUGGGUGGAUCUCUGAGUACAGGGAAGCUACAACCUUUGAAUGUAGGAGGCAUUUGGCGAUGAUGUUGUUUCCUGACGGUAAAGAAGACUAUUCGGAGAUGCACGAAAUGCUCAUUGAUCGGUCCCAAGUGUUAAAAGAAUCGUAUGUCUACAUAUCACAAGCAAGCCCAGCGGGACUUCAUGGUGCACUGUUUAUGGAAUUCAAGAAUGAGGAAGCUACAGGUCCUGGUGUGUUGAGAGAAUGGUUCUACUUGGUGUGUCAGGAGAUAUUUAGUCCUGGAGGAACCCUCUUCCUUCGAUCUGCUGAUGAUUUCAGAAGAUUCUCUCCUAAUCCAGCAUCCAAGGUGGACCCAUUGCAUCUUGAGUACUUCAAGUUCGCUGGUCGUGUGAUUGCCUUAGCUUUGAUGCACAAAGUUCAAGUGGGGGUGCUAUUCGACCGUGUCUUCUACCUACAGUUGACCAACCAGACAAUCUCUUUGGAAGAUAUCAAGGAUACGGACCGAGUCAUCUACAACAGCUGCAAACAGAUUCUAGAGAUGGAUCCAGUGUUUUUCGAUUCAAACGCAGGUCUCGGUCUGAACUUUGUGUUGGAAACAGAGGAGCUAGGAAAAAGGGAGACAAAAGAGCUAAUUAAAGACGGGAAGUCCACAGCUGUUGACAGCAAGAACAGGGAGGAAUACGUCAAGCUCCUAAUCAGUGAACGAUUUGUCACAUCAGUGUCCGAGCUAGUAGAGAAAUUUUCAGAGGGCUUCUCUGAUAUACUUUCAGUUCCUAUACAGUCUUUCUUCCGUCACUUAGAUCAAGAGGAUUUUGAUGGGAUGCUUCGUGGAGGGGAGAAUCAGAUUAGCGUAGAUGAUUGGAAAGCGCAUACAGAGUACAACGGGUUCAAAGAAACCGACCGCCAAAUAGACUGGUUCUGGAAGAUUCUGAGGAAGAUGACAGAGGAAGAACGGAGGAGUGUACUCUUCUUUUGGACAUCCAAUAAGUUCAUACCGUUGGAAGGGUUUAGAGGGUUGUCUUCAAAGCUUUAUAUCUACAGGUUACAUGAAGCUAAUGAUCGUCUUCCAACGUCUCAUACUUGCUUUUACCGUCUCUGUUUACCAAAGUACCCGACGAUGGGUCUCAUGGAACAGCGACUAAGGUUCAUCACUCAAGAUCAUGUCAGCUCCAGUUUCGGUAAAUGGUGACUAAAUUAUCAAAGUGAUCUCUCUCUCUGAUCUUUUAGGUUCUUAGGUUGGUGCUUUUGGUGUAUAUAUCAUUUAUCUGUGGUCAGCCUCUGUUUAUGACCGGGAGAGAGAGGUGAAACCUUUCUUUUAACUUCUGCUUCUGCUUCUUUAACUUGAGGAUAAUUAAUUAAUUUUAUGGUAAGGGGGAAUGAAAAGUU